GCUCUUUGGCUCUCUCUCAAAAAAAAGAAAAAAAGAAGAAGCAAAUGAGUUCGAUGAUGGAAACUCUCCAGAUUCGUAAACAGACUUCUCUCCCCGUUUCUCAACUCCCUAAUACCGAUGAUAAUAAGCCUGGUAUCAUCCGACGUGGCAUUGCUUCACUCUCACUCAACCUCUCAAACAAACCAAAGGAGAUAUCAGUUUCUGCUAUAAGAGACCAAGCAAGAAACUGGUGGGAAUGGAGUUGUUCAUGGAUCCUUUCCAAGAAGCUAGAUCAAUCCGCUCAUCACAUAUCAGAGGAAGUUUAAAAUGCAUAUUGCUUUUGUAUCAAUCAAUUGGAUUAAUAGUCAACCAUAAGGGGGAUGUGUUUUGGGAAAAUUUGAUGUUGUAUUUUGUUGCUAUAGUUAAUAAUGAUUUAUUUUGAUUUGUGUUACAUCUUGUGCAGUUGUAUUUUAUUUUAUUUUUUUAUUUAGUAACCAUGAAACUAUAUAGAAAUAUGUUAUUCUGUUUCAGUUAAUUUAUACGCGCC